AAGAAUCUCAACACUUUUAUAAAUGCUUUCCAGUUCAGCUUUUGAACUGGUAAAGGAGCUUAAGCGAACUCCGGGGCUACCUCCGUAUGACGAAGAUAACAUUCGGAAAACUAUUGAAGAAAUUAAUAGCCUUGUAGAAGAAACAAGAAAAUUAAGACAAGAGGACCCAGAUGGCUCUGAACAAAGUAUUGGUGUGGCUAUUGUCAUGCACUUUGCUACUAUCCAGAGAAGCAAACGCUGCGUAUUAGCCUAUCUCAUGGAAAGAAUAAGAAGGAUACAAUCUCUAAGGUUUGAACAUGGCAGCAUUCUUGCAAAAAAGAUUAAAGAUAAUCUUAGCAGUAGCGAGCAAUACUACUUUUCACAAUAUAACCAAACUUUAAAUGCCUAUAUGGCUGACAUAGAUUUCGACUUAACAGUGGAUCUACAGCCACCCACUGAUCUCUAUAUCCACGUAAGAGCUCUCGUAAGCCACGGCGAAAUUCAAACUGAACACGGACCAAUCACUUUAAUAAAAAAUCAUCAGUACUUUGUUCGGAGAUCUGACGUGGAGCCGUUGAUUCAUCAAGGCUUGCUAGUUCACGUUACAGAAGAAUAA